UAGAAUGCCAUAAAUCAUGUACCAUAUAUACAUACUUAAUUCAUUUGAAUUAUUUACGUUGAAUACAGGGGGAUAUGAUUUCUGGGACAAUCUGUUUUUCUAUUUUGUUUCUUUUUGGAUUGUGUAAAGGAGGUUAUGUUGAAGAUGUCACCAUUAUCGGGGCUGGAAUUGGUGGUACGUACACAGGAUGGAGACUCAGAGACAGAGGUUUACAGAUCGGGAUUUAUGAAUACUCCGAUAGAGUUGGAGGCAGGAUGUAUACAAGAACGUUCCCUGAUGCCCCGGAUCUCCCUGUAGAUUUUGGUGCCAUGAGACUCAAACCGGAAGAUCACCUCAGAAUGAUAAAAGCCGGUGGAGAGCUAGGUCUUUCUUUUGUUCCUUUUGUUGAGGAGAUGGGGCGACUUCCAGAACGUACGCUUCUAUUCUUUAGAAACACCCACCUCAGGAUUUCAGAAUUAGGGGGUCCACGAACUCCCUACAGACUCAGACCGGGGGAGCAAACAGACCCUUCCGAAUUAUCUCAGUAUCUGUCUGAAGCAUUUACAAAUUAUAACGGCACAUAUCCAAACACGGAACUGUUUACCGCUGUGACUUAUGACGGUGUACCAUUGUACCUUCAGAGCUACGAGGAUGUUAUACAGAAAACGGGAAUAAGCAACGAGGCAAUUAAUUAUAUUAUUGACAAUAACCUGUUCCACUCGGGACUCUUCGAAGGACAAAGUAUUUCAAGCUUCCCUAAAACACGAAGAGGAUUCGAAGAAAAUAGCAUUCGUACUGGUCUUCCACGUGUUGUCAGUGUCCCAACUGGGAUGGGGUCGUUCCCAGCAGGAUUUAUGAAACAAUUCCUUUUUUGGAAUCCAACAAGGCACAUGUAUCAUCCAAAUAGUCAACUCGUGAAAAUAACAAGAGCAGAAGGAGGGUACUACCUGCUGAAAUUCAAAAGAACAGUAACUGUCAAUGGUAAAACAAUCCCUACAGACGAGUGCUUCAGUGUGUACACACGAAAUGUGAUACUAGCUCUUCCAAAGGUACCACUGCAACAAAUUGAAAUGCCUGACUUUGACAAUCCUGUCUUCCAAUCAGCACUUGAUGCGGUGAUCGACAUGGAAGCAUCGAAGAUUUUCCUUGUUUAUGACUUUCCUUGGUGGCUUCGAAGGCCCUGUAAUAUAACAUUUACCCAUUCAGAUUUUCCAUACAGGCAGUCAAUGCACUGGGGGAUAUCCAGGACAGGAAAGGCCGUUCUUUUGGUGUCUUAUGCAGACUUUGAGGAUGUGCCAUUUUGGAGUCAUCUUCAACGAAUAGGAAAUGUUGUAAGCAAAAGGAACGACGACACUCGGGUAACGGACGAAGUUGUAAGGCAUGCACAUUUCCAACUGUCAAAAGUUUACGGCAUAGAUUAUAAGAAUAUCCCUAAUCCAGUGGAUGGAAUGAUGUUUGUGUGGGACAAAUAUCCUUUCAAUGGUGGUUGGGUAGAUUGGAAACCCGGAUCAAGAUGGUAUGAUAUUAAACAUUAUCUGACAGCACCGUUUCCUGGUGACAAUAUAUUCAUCGUCCAUGGUUAUUGGGGAGCAGAACACAAUGGAUGGGGUGAAAGCUCUCUAGAGGCCGCCGAUGAUGUACUAACUCAUUUCGGACUUCCGUCUUAUCUUGUUACCUAGAUCAGUACAAUACUAUAUUUACCUAAAAUAUUUUAAAAGCAUGUUGGUUGAGAGAAUUGUACAUCUAACAUUUAAGUAUGUAACUUCGAAUCCCAGUGAACUAGAAAUAAAAGACACCACAGAGUC